AUGCAUCUUUGCAAGAGUCAUGUAAAGAGCUUGUUAAUGGGCUGGAUUUCCCAUGUCCUCAAAGCAAAGCUGGCUCCUCAGAAAGUCAUCGGUGUUCCUGGUUUUGAUGGAAAAGACCUUUUUGCUGUCGUUGCUGAACUGAAGCACGCUCAUCACAAGCUGAGUGAGCAGAACAGCAGCCUGCUGAGGACAGUGGCUCAGUGUGAAGAUGUGAAUCUGCAGCUCACUCUGGAGGUUACUGAACUGAGAGCCAAAGUGGCCAGUGCUCAGCGCUCAGCAGUGAGAGUCAGGUCCCUGACAGAGGAACUGGAGGAAACACGCUGUGCGUUUAAAGAGGCCCAGGAGAGGGCAGCUCGUUCCCAGACCAACUGCACAAAACUAAACAAUGAACUUGAAUGUCUCAAGAAUCAAGUCAGGAGGCUUGAAGACAAGAAUGAAAAACUAACCUUUGAAAGGACAUGUUUUGAAGAGACCCUCAACAAAUUAAAGAAAGUUAAUACUGAAUUAAGGGCCGAACUUCAGGCAACCACUGUGAUGUUGACACUGAGAGACAGAGAAAUCACAAAGAAAGACUGUCUUAUGGAUAAGAUGAAGAACUCCCACAUGGAGAAUCACAACAUGAUUAUGGACCUGCAGUCGGAGAUGACAAAAUUACAGGAGCAUUCACACCAAGUUAUUCUAAGGUAUGAUCAAAACCGUAUUGGCCCUCAGAGUAUUUAUGGCAGAGAUCCACUGAACCACCGCUCCCUGCAAAGUGAGAUGCAAGAAAUGCAGGCAAGUAGGAAACUCUCACUUUCUCUGGGUUAAAAAGUGAUUGUAUGUGUAUU